UUUCUUCCGGCUCGAAAGGGCAGCCUCCACACUUCCGGUUCCGUCUCCCAUACAUUUUGUUUAAAAACCCGGCUCUCGCCUCGGAGGGUUGGUUAAGAACGGGAGUUAUUUGCGCGGGGGGCGACGUUUGCCCCCCUCAAGGUGUCCUCGGAGCCCCGCCUCUUCUGCAUCUCCCCCUUCCCCCCCCACGGCAGGAUGAACCGCCCGAAGCCCGCGGCCGCGCGCCGCCCUAGCACCAUCGCCAAGCCCUCUGGUCACCCCCCUCCGGGAGAUUUCAUCGCCUUGGGAUUUAAAGGCCAGGCCAGUGAAUCGAAAGCGGCCGUCACGCUGCUCAAGCCGGCUUCGGCUGGAUUGCCCUCUGAGCGGAAACGAGAGGCUGCUGCUGGCACUUCUGGCCUUGCCAAGCGCCCUAAGCUGUCCUCAACACCCCCUCUCAGUGCUUUGGGGCGCUUGGCGGAGGCCGCUGUAGCCGAGAAACGAGCUAUUUCGCCUUCUAUUAAGGAGCCUUCGGUGGUCCCCAUUGAAGUGGCCCCAACCAUUCUGCUGGAUGAGAUUGAGGCCGCAGAAGCCGAAGGCAACGAUGACCGCAUUGAAGGGGUGCUGUGCGGGGCCGUGAAGCAGCUGAAAAUGAAUCGGGCCAAGCCUGACACCACCCUGUACUUGAGCCUGAUGUACCUGGCGAAAAUGAAGCCAAACAUAUUUGCCACGGAAGGAGUGAUUGAGGCGCUGUGCAGUCUCCUCCGCCGAGAUGCCUCCAUAAACUUCAAAGCCAAAGGGAACAGCCUGGUGUCUGUCUUGGCCUGCAACCUUCUCAUGGCGGCGUACGAGGAGGAUGAGAACUGGCCCGAGAUCUUUGUCAAGGUUUACAUUGAGGAUUCUUUGGGGGAGCGUAUCUGGGUGGACAGCCCUCAUUGCAAGGUCUUUGUGGAAAACAUUCAGACAGCGUUCAGCACCACGAUGCCACCCAAAAGUAUUUUGUUACAUGGGGAGGUUGGACGUGGCGGAGGGGACCUGAGCGCUGGGAACAGUCCACAUCCUUCUGUGCCUGAAGAGGAGGACAGCCAGAGUGAGCUGUUGAUUGCGGAGGACAAGAUGAGCCCAGAGGAGCAGGGCCAGCUGAUGCCCAGGUACGACGACCUUGCAGAGAGCGUGGAGGAAUAUGUCUUGGACAUGCUGCGAGACCAGCUCAACCGGCGCCAGCCCAUGGACAAUGUUUCCCGCAACCUCUUGCGCCUCCUGACUGCCACCUGUGGCUACAAGGAGAUCCGGCAGAUGGCUGUGCAGCGGCUAGAGAUGUGGCUGCAGAACCCCAAGCUCACUCGACCCGCCCAGGACUUGCUCAUGUCAGUCUGCAUGAACUGCAACAGCCACAGUGCUGAGGACAUCGAGGUGGUCUCCAACCUGAUCAAAAUCCGCCUGAAACCCAAAGUCCUCCUCAACCACUACAUGCUGUGCGUCAGGGAGCUCCUGAAUGCCCACCGGGAGAACUUGGGCACUGUGGUCAAAUCGAUGGUUUUCAAUGAGCUCUCCAAUGCUAGGAACCCCAACAACAUGCAGAUUCUCUAUACGGUCUUACAGCACAGCCCGGAGCUAGCCCCAAAGUUCCUGGCAAUGGUGUUCCAAGACCUGCUGACGAACAAAGACGACUACUUGCGGGCUUCGCGGGCCUUGUUGCGGGAGAUCAUCAAGCAGACGAAACACGAGAUCAACUUCCAGGCUUUCUGUCUAGGCCUCAUGCAGGAACGGAAAGAGUCUCAGUAUGCGGAGAUGGAGUUCAAGGACCGGUUUGUCAUCCACAUAACGGACCUGCUGGCUGUCUCCAUGAUGCUCAGCAUCACUGUCCAGGUGAAGGAAGCUGGCCUUGCAUGGGACAAAGGAGAGAAAAAGAACUUGGAGGUGCUGCGCGCCUUCCAGAACCAGAUUGCAGCGAUUCAGCGGGACGCUGUUUGGUGGCUGCACACGGUGGUUCCCUCUAUCACAAAGCUGGCUCCCAAAGACUACGUUCACUGCCUCCACAAAGUGCUAUUCACGGAGCAGCCAGAGACCUACUACAAAUGGGACAACUGGCCUCCCGAGAGCGACCGCAACUUCUACCUUCGCCUCUGCUCCGAAGUCCCGAUCCUUGAAGACACGCUCAUGCGCAUCCUCGUGAUUGGCCUGUCACGUGAUCUUCCUCUCGGCCCCGCUGAUGCCAUGGAGCUCGCUGACCAUCUGGUGAAACGGGCAGCAGCUGUACAGGCAGAUGAUCUGGAAGUCCUGAGAGUGGAGAGGAUCCAGCUGAUUGAUGCGGUCUUGAAUCUGUGCACUUACCACCACCCAGAGAACAUCCAGCUGCCCCCUGGGUACCAGCCUCCAAAUCUGGCCAUCUCUACUCUGUACUGGAAAGCUUGGCCUCUUUUGCUCGUCGUUGCUGCAUUCAACCCCGAAAACAUUGGUCUCGCUGCCUGGGAGGAGUACCCCACGCUAAAGAUGCUCAUGGAAAUGGUCAUGACUAACAACUACUCCUACCCGCCUUGCACUUUGACGGACGAAGAGACCCGCACGGAAAUGAUCAGCCGGGAGCUUCAGAUCUCGCAACGGGAGAAGCAAGAGAUCCUGGCUUUCGAGGGGCAUCUGGCGGCUGCGUCGACAAAGCAGACGAUCACAGAGAGCAGCAGCCUCUUGCUGUCUCAGCUCACCAGCCUGGAUCCCCAGGGCCCUCCCCGCCGGCCUCCUCAGCCUGUCCUGGAUCAGGUGAAAAGCCUCAAUCAGUCCCUUCGCUUGGGACACCUUCUCUGUCGCAGCAGACACCCCGAUUUCCUACUCAACAUUAUCCAGAGGCAGGCUUCUUCCCAAUCGAUGCCAUGGCUGGCAGACCUGGUUCAGUCUAGCGAGGGGUCCUUGGACGUCCUUCCAGUGCAGUGCCUUUGCGAAUUCCUCCUGCACGAUGCCGCUGAUGAAUCUGCCUCUGGUGAGGAGGAGGAAGAGGGAGAAAGUAAAGAGCAGCGUGCCAAGAAGCGGCAGAGGCAGCAGAAGCAGAGGCAGCUGCUUGGGCGUCUUCAGGACCUGCUCUUAGGACCCAAGGCUGACGAACAGACCACGUGCGAAGUCCUCGACUAUUUCCUGAGGCGCCUCAGCUCCUCGCAGGUGGCCUCGCGGGUCCUGGCCAUGAAGGGCCUGUCCCUGGUGCUUUCAGAAGGGGAACUCCAUGACAGAGAGAAGGACCAUCCUAUGGAGGAAGACUCGGGUGACUCGGAGCUCCUUCAGGGCUACCAGUGGCUGCUGCGGGACCUCCCCAAACUGCCGUUGUUUGACAGUGUUAGAGUGACCACGGCUGUUGCUUUGCAGCAGGCCAUCCACAUGGAGACCGAUCCUCAGACCAUCAGUGCUUACUUGGUGUACCUUUCCCAGCAUGCUCCAGUAGAGGAACAGGGACAGCACAAUGACCUUGCUCUGGACGUGGCCAGGCUGAUCGUGGAACGCUCUACCAUUAUGUCUCACCUCUUCUCGAAGCUCUCUUACUGUUCAGAGUCUGACGCUGUGCUGGUGGCUCUGCUGUCCGUCUUCUCACGCUACGUCAAGCGCAUGCGGCAGAGCAAAGAAGGAGAGGAGGUCUACAGCUGGUCAGAGUCCCAAGAUCAGGUAUUCCUCCGUUGGACCAGUGGAGAAACAGCAACAAUGCACAUACUGGUUGUCCAUGCCAUGGUGAUUCUGCUGACUCUCGGACCUCCUCAAGGACAAUUCUCCAAAGCUGGCGGCGUGGACUUCUACACCCUGCUGGACAUCUGGUUCCCCGAGAAGAAGCCCCUUCCCACAGCUUUCCUGGUGGACACCUCAGAGGAGGCCCUUCUCCUCCCUGAUUGGCUGAAGCUACGCAUGAUCCGUUCAGAGGUGCCUCGGUUGGUGGACGCAGCUCUGCAGGACCUUGAACCCCAACAACUGCUCCUCUUUGUUCAGUCCUUUGGCAUCCCCGUCUCCAGCAUGAGCAAACUUCUGCAGUACCUGGACCAGGCCGUGGCCCACGACCCUCAGACGCUGGAGCAGAACAUCAUGGACAAGAAUUACAUGGCCCACCUUGUGGAGGUCCAGCACGAGAGGGGAGCUACUGGCGGGCAGACCUUCCACUCGCUCCUCACUACCUCUCUGCCAUCUCGCCGAGACAGUGAUGAUGCUCCACGGUCCAAAACAAGCCUCGAGACUCCACAGGGACAGGGCAGGAUCCGCUCUUUGACCCAAAUCCGAGUUCUUGGUCCAGAGGAUGAUUUGGCAGGUAUCCUCCUUCAGCUGUUCCCGCUGACUCCGGACCCCCGCUGGCAGAACUCGAACCCACGGCCUCUCGCCCUGGCUCUGCAACAGGCGCUGGGGCAGGAGCUGGCCCGGCUGCACCAGGGAAACGCCCCCACGACGGGGACCACGGCACAGCUGCUUCAGGCGGUGGUGGCGCUGCUGAACUCUCCCCAUGGGGGGGCGCUGGUGAUGGCGAUGCACCGGAACCAUGUUGUGUCUUGCCCACUCAUGCGCCUGCUGUGCCAGUAUCAGCGCUCCGUUCCGCAGGACACGACCUUCUCCUCGCUGUUUUUCAAAGUCCUCAUGCAGAUGUUGCAGUGGCUGGAGAAUCCAGCUGUGGAAGAAGGGCCUCUCCGGACUCAGCUCAAAUCCUUUGCUGUUCAGUAUUCAUCCAGACAUCGGAUAAAUGACGUUCGAGGUGGAUUCUUGCACCUAGCAGACGCUCUGGCCUUCCGCCGUGACACUGACAUGAUUGGCUCUACAGUUUGUGCCAUUAUAGCCUCCUUGAAGUCUGGAGAGAAGUAUAACGUGGAGCCCGAGCUUGUCAGCAAAGUCCUUCAAGGCCUGACAGAGAUGCACUCGCCUUACCUUGAGGAGCUCCUGGCUGCCCUUUUCUCUGCCACCAUGGAGAUGUCGUCCUGCUUUCCCGCCACAGGGCCCGUUUCCGUGGUGAGCUCGUUGCUGCUCCAGGACAAAGGCGACACCCCUGUCAAGAAGGACGCUGAGAGCUGCAGCGCAGAAACUGCCCAGCUGGGGCCUUCCUCUGGCCUGUUCAUUGACUGGCUGGAGAUGUUGGACCCCGAGGUGAUCAGCAGUUGCCCAGAUCUCCAGCAAAGACUGCUCUUCUCCUGGAACAAGGACAAAGGCCCUUCUGAGGCAGAGCUGCCCUCUUUCCGCCCAUACCUUUUGGCUCUCCUGACUCACCAGUCCAGCUGGACCACUCUGCACCAUUGCAUCAAGAUCCUGCUUUGCAAAAAGCGAGAGCACCAAUUUGACCCGACGGCAUCCUUGGAUUUCCUGUGGGCCUGCAUUCAUAUCCCUCGGAUUUGGCAAGGAAGAGAUCAGAGGACACCUCAGAAACGGCGGGAGGAGUUUGUGCUUCGGCUCAAGGCCUCUGAACUGAUCAGCUUGGUAGAGCUGAUCCUGGCUGAGUCAGAGACCGGAGGCCAGUGCUCGGAAGAGGCCUCCUGCUUGGUCACCCAGUCGCGGCUCCCGCUCUUGCACAGCUGCUGCCACGGAGACGUGGAAAGCAUUAAGAAAGUCGCCGAAUACCUGACAUCCUGCAUUCAGCAGUGGGGGAGCAGCUCAAUGGGAACACGUUGCCAAGACCUUCUCCUGCAAAUCUACCUCCAGCUGCCUGAGCUUAUGGUGCCAGUGCCGGCAACCCUGCUGUCCACCGAAGGGGCCACUGACAGCAGCACCUGCAAACUCGAUGCCCUGAUCCACCGCUUCAUCACCCUCCUUGCGGACUCCAGUGAUUCGAAGAUGAGCGAGAGCCGCCUGUGGGACGCCAACAUGGCAUGUCGGAAGUUGGCCGUGGCGCACCCCAUCCUUCUCCUCAGGCACUUGCCGAUGAUCGCAGCCCUGCUGCAUGGGCGGGUCCACCUCAACUUCCAGGAGUUCCGCCAGCAGAACCAUCUCACCUUCUUCAUCCACGUGUUGGGGAUCCUGGAGCUUCUCCAGCCACAGGUCUUCCAGAGCGAGCACCAGGGGGCGCUGUGGGACUGUCUCCUCUCCUUCAUUCGCUUGCUUCUGAGCUACCGGAAGUCUUCUCGCCACUUGGCCACCUUCAUCUCAAAGUUCGUGCAGUUCAUUCACAAGUACAUCACCUCCAACGCUCCGGCGGCCGUCUCCUUCCUGCAGAAGCACUCGGACCCCCUCCAUGACCUUUCGUCGGACAACAAUGACCUGGCAAUGCUGAAGUCUCUCUUGGCUGGCCUGAGCUUGCCCAGCAAGAACGGCACAUUGGACCAAAGUGCUGACGAUGAAAAGGACGAUGAAGCCGGAGGCGCAGGUUCCUUGCCUCUUGUCAGCAUCUCCCUCUUCACUCCGCUCACUCCAGCUGAAAUGGCUCCAUACAUGAAGAGACUGUCCAGGGGUCAGACUGUGGAGGAUAUCCUGGAGGUGCUGACUGAUAUCGACGAGAUGUCCAGACGAAGACCAGAAAUCCUUUCCUUCUUUUCCACUCACUUGCAGAGACGGAUGAGCUCUCCCGAGGAAACUUGCCGGAACCUGGCCUUCUCCCUCGCCCUGCGCUCGAUAGAGAACAACCCCAGCAUUGCAGCUGAUUUCCUCCCUACAUUCAUGUACUGCCUGGGGAGCCGGGAUUUUGAGAUCGUUCAAACAGCCCUGAGAAACCUGCCCGAAUACACCCUCCUUUGUCAAGAGCAUGCAGCCGUGUUGUUGCAGAGGGCCUUCCUGGUCGGGAUGUAUGGACAAGUGGAUACCAGCUCCCAGAUUUCAGAAGCCUUGAAGAUUUUGCAUAUGGAAGCCAUGAUAUGAACAGUGCUGCCUGAUGGCUCAGAACUCCAAGAGGACAGAGGGGCCUUGUUUGACUCUGCUAGCUGGGAACCCUAGGGGAAUACAAGUUCUGCGUUCUGGGGAAGAGAAGGCCUUGAUACUUAUGCCAGACAUCUACAGAAGAAAAAAGGUGGUCACUCUGACUUAAAGGAUGCUGGUGUUUGUCCCACUCUAGACGUCAAUUAAGCAGAAAGGAAAAUGUUUUAAAGUCCUGAUGACAGGCCAUUUCCCAAGUUCAGCCAGGUGUGAGCCAUUGCGGAAAGCGCCCCUUUCUUCUGGGGUGGCCGAAAGAAGGCUCCUGUGUCUUCAGACUUUUCCUGGCGUGUGCUUUUGCCAGAUCACCUCCCCACCCCAGACAUUAAAAUGUGUACAGUCUUUUCCACAACAAUAAUCUGAUGUUUGUUACUUAAAAAAAAUUAAAAUAUUUUAUUUGUUGUACUGCCUUUA